UUCCUCCCUUCCUCCCUUCCCCGGGCCCGGCGAUGAACGGUGCCCGGGAGCUGCUCCGCGGGCUGUGGAGGGCGGUGGUCAAGGACGGGAAGCAGCACGUGGGCACCGACCAGUUCGGAAACAACUACUACUUCGUGCCCCGGCACAAAAACUGGAGAGGACAGAUUAUUCGGGAGAAAAGAUUGGUAGAAGCAGUCGGUAAGAAGGAGGAAGACUAUGAAGUGGGGGAUAUUCCAACAGAGUGGGAAGCUUGGAUUAGAAAAAAGAGAAAGGAGCCACCCACUAUUGAGGAAAUCAUGAAGAAUGAAAAAUACCGAGAAGACAUCAAAUUAAAAAGCCGAGAAUUUUCUGAAAAAGAAAAACUCCUUGAGGCCGGGGAGAGCCAGACGGGCCUGGGCUCUCCCCCGGGCUCCACCCUGGUCCGGGGCCACGCUUCGGCCCAGCUGUACGGGAAGAGCGAGCCGUCCGAGGACCCCACCAGCACGGGCCAGGCCUUCCAGCCGGGCUCCUGGAGGCCGCGCGGGGGCAAGGACUGAGCCUUCCGCUUCGCUCUUGUAAUCCGCAAAUAAAAGCCGACGAGCU